UUGUUUCUGCGGAGACCAGCAGCAGCUCAGAGGAAGACCCGCAGUCCGGAACCAGUUCUCCCCCAGUCUACCACUCGAACCUCAAGAUGUCUACCAAGGAAAAGCUGAUCAGCCAUGUGAUGAAGGAGGAGCCUGUUGGCAGCCAGAGCAAGGUGACGGUGGUGGGCGUCGGCAUGGUCGGCAUGGCCUGCGCCAUGAGCGUCCUGCUGAAGGACUUGUGUGACGAGCUGGCUCUGGUCGACGUGAUGGAGGACAAGCUGAAGGGUGAGGCCAUGGACCUGCAGCACGGCGCCCUCUUCCUCAAGACGCACAAGAUUGUGGCCGACAAAGACUACAGCGUGACAGCCAACUCCAAGGUGGUGGUGGUGACUGCCGGCGCCCGCCAGCAGGAGGGCGAGAGCCGACUCAACCUGGUGCAGCGCAACGUCAACAUCUUCAAGUUCAUCAUCCCCAACAUCGUCAAGUACAGCCCCAACUGCAUCCUGAUGGUGGUCUCCAACCCAGUGGACAUCCUGACCUACGUGGCCUGGAAGCUGAGUGGCUUUCCCCGCCACCGUGUCAUUGGCUCAGGCACCAACCUGGACUCCGCCCGUUUCCGCCACCUCAUGGGAGAGAAGCUCAACAUCCACCCGUCAAGCUGUCACGGCUGGAUCAUCGGAGAGCACGGAGACUCCAGUGUGCCCGUGUGGAGCGGCGUGAACGUUGCCGGAGUUUCUCUGCAGUGCCUCAACCCGAAGAUGGGGGCUGAGGGUGACGCCGAGAACUGGAAGGAGGUUCACAAGAUGGUGGUUGAAGGAGCCUACGAGGUGAUCAGGCUGAAGGGCUACACUUCCUGGGCCAUCGGCAUGUCUGUGGCUGACCUGGUGGAAAGCAUCUUGAAGAACAUGCACAAAGUUCACCCCGUGUCCACACUGGUCCAGGGAAUGCACGGAGUGAAGGAUGAGGUCUUCCUCAGCAUCCCCUGUGUCCUAGGCAACAGCGGCCUGACAGACGUCAUCCACAUGACGCUGAAGGACGAGGAGGAGAAGCAGCUGGUGAAGAGCGCUGAGACCCUGUGGGGUGUACAGAAGGAGCUCACCCUGUGAAGAGGACGGCUCUGAGUUCUCAGCUCCACCCGGAAGCUACACCAAGCUCUGCGUGGUGGAUCUCCACCUACUGUACCUCCUGUGUCCCUCACGGCAAUGGACGAAUGAGACUUUUGAGUAUCUAUAAAAAUGUCCACGUGUCUGUAGCUAAACCAAUGGAAACUAGAUUUUAGUUGACAUGGGUAUCAUUGUCUGUUGCUGCCUUCCUUCUACCACCACUAAAUAUUCAGAAACACAUCUCAUACCUUUAGCCUUCGAUCUCAGUCAGUGAUGAAGCGAGGGGGCAUUUUCAUAUUGUCCUGACUAUACAUCGAUUGUAAGGCAUUUGCAUAUUGAGUGUAUAAUUCUAUGUACUGUAUGUUUACAUGUACUGUUGCUGUUACUUCUGUGCACUCCUCGUUCGUAUUUGGUCGGGAUUCAGCGUAUUCUGUGGCCGUUACUGGUUGUAUUUUUUCCACUUGGGAAUCUCUGUUAAUUUUUUUAUUUGGAAAACAAUGGAGACAUUCCAUUCUCUAUGAGGAAGGCUUCCUAGAGAGUUGAGAUCAAUCACUGGACUCCUGUGAUUCCAAAGUACCUUAUCACUUGAGACAAGCGAUGCGUAGCAGUUUACUGGUUGGCACCGAAGCCUUUAAAAUAAAUAAAAUAAAAUAAAUAAAAAAACACAAGUGCACUGAUAGAGAAAUAUAUAUUCAAUAUAUAUAUUUAAAAGGCAAGCUGUUACAAAGUAAGGUCACACCGGACUUAGAGAGGGUGCCAACAAGGUAAACUGCCAUAAUGUAACAGAGACCCAAAGGGAAAGAGUCAGCUAUAAUUAUGGUUAUGAAUCAUAACGGAUAACAAUCCUGAAGGUGUUGUACGUGUGCGCACCCUAAAUACCCUCAAAGGGUGUCUGUAUUUAUUUGAAUCCUGACUUUUGGGAAAUAAAGAACAUUGACAGAACUAUACUAUUAUUUAUGACGUAAAAAUACAGAUGAGAUCUAUUUAUGUAUUGAUGUUGAAACAUUGGAUAGGGUUGAUUGAUCCCUCACAGACUUCCUGUCAGGGCAGCUGAAUGUUGAUUUUGAUUUGCCCCGUAACAUCAAAUAAAACUGCCAGGAUGACGAUA